AGUUAAAUUAACAAGCAACUAACUAGUUUCAAAAGAGUAUCUGAACAUAUAUUUCAACUCAAUUCAAGUUUAUUGUCAUUAUGCAGUGCAGAGAACACGGACAAUGAAAAAGUGUCUUCAGAUUGUGCAAAAGGCAGAUAAUUUAUUUUUUUUAAAGAGCAAAUAUGUGCAUGCAAUUAAAACAUAAAACAAUCUAAACAUGUGCAAUCAGACAUGUUUAUAAUAUAAUAUUUGAGAACAUAUUUGGGAUUUGGUUAUAUACCUGCACCACAGGGUAUGUUAUGCUUUAAUGUGGACCCUGAUAAUAAUAUAAUGCUCACUUCAAAAGUGACAGUGUCCCUCUUGGUCACAGAAGAAAUAGAUGUUAGCUGCACAGAGGCAAUAUGUAUUCUCUAUCUUAUCAUUAUGAUAUUCUACUCUAUAAUCUACAAUCUUAUCAUUAUCUUUCUUAUUAUUAUCAUAUUCUACUUUAUUAGAAGAGGCUCUCAUACAUUUGUGAUCUGAGGUCUAAUUUAAAAGCUGACACUAGAGGGUGCAUUGAUGCAUUGAUAAAGCAAAGCAGUUGCACCAUUCAUAUACAAUAUGUAUUGUGACAUAUUUUGCCAAUAAAUAUGACACAAACACACAUUCUGCAUACUCUGAUCCAGCAUCUCAUAUUUCUAUUAGAAAUCCAAAGAGGUUUAACUUUAGUCUCUGCAGCUUUGAAUUUUCUGAUCGUGUCUUGCGCCCCGUGAUUUUCAGCAGCCAAUCAUCUUUUUGCCCGACUGGUGUGUUUGAUUUUUACUCCAAUGUGUGCCUUCUCUGUACUCCUUUAGCCUCUGAAACGAUGCGCUUGUUUCCUGGCACAAAGGGUGAUCAAAUCAAACGUCUGGACUCCAUGACAGCAGCUGCUAGAAAGCAAAACCUGUGCAUGCUGUCAGCAAGAAACGUUCAUUUUCUUCGCAUUUUAGCCGCUGAUCCCGCGAAAUAAAUACAAGGUUUUGAGGAAUAAGAGACUAUCUUAUAAUUAGUGUAAUUAAGCGGUUAAUGCGUGCGACUGAUGUAAACCAGAGACCGUUUUAUAAUCUCCUCCUCCCUAAAUGAUAGGGAGGCUUCAUAGCCAAGAGGAAAACAUUGAUUGCCCAGUAGAUCCGCAGUUCCUUUUUGUCAGUCAAACAUACAUCAACCAAUGGCAACCAGUGCCAAGAGACCAUCCCUGCAGGGUCCGGUGCCCCCUCCUCGCAAGAAGUCAAGCCCCAAACCAGAGCUGACUGAGGAGCAGAGGCAGGAGAUCAGGGAGGCCUUUGAGCUGUUUGACACUGACGGAUCUGGAUACAUCGAUGUCAAGGAGCUCAAGGUUGCGAUGAGAGCACUGGGGUUCGAACCCAAGAAAGAGGAGAUCAAGAAGAUGAUUGGUGAGGUGGAUAAGGAUGGAACAGGGAAGAUCUCCUUCACUGACUUCUUGAGUGUCAUGACACAGAAAAUGGCUGAGAAGGAUUCCAAAGAGGAGAUCCUGAAAGCUUUCCGCCUUUUUGAUGAUGACGAGACAGGGAAGAUCUCGUUCAAGAAUCUGAAGAGAGUAGCCAAAGAGCUCGGAGAGAACCUGACAGAUGAGGAGCUGCAGGAAAUGAUUGAUGAGGCAGACAGAGAUGGAGACGGGGAAGUGAACCAGCAAGAGUUCCUGCGAAUCAUGAAGAAAACCUGCCUGUACUGACGGAGGCACAUGACACAACGUUUGGUGAUACGGCGUCGAGGGGAUCGUGGGUGGUUUUACAUGUAAUGCUGCUCAUACAUCUGGUUCUAUCUCAGAAUUUUACCUUUCCUUAUUAUUGUGUUGUGCCAUGCAUUUUCACUUAACAAUGAGUCAAAUCAUAUCAAAAAGCUGUCACAUGCUAUCAUUGAAAGGAAAUAAUUCAAAACUUGAAGAGGAAGUCCGGUCAAAUGCCAAAUGAUCCUGCUUUGAUUCACAUGAUAAUCUACAAGACAUUUGCCAAAAACAGUAAAAACUCAGUGCAAGAUUUGUCUUGUUCGGAAUGCUGCAUACUUUUUGUGAAAAAUAUAUUAAUAUUGAUUAUGUGGAGGUUAUAAUGUUGUUAAGAAGAUUCUCAGUGCCUGCCUUAGACGGUGACAAACAUACUACAUUCCAAUGUGUUGUCUGUGCAUUUAGUUCGAUCCAUCUGUAGAUUGUUGAGUUGAUACCGGCAACUGCAGUGUUUCAUGAUUUUGGCUGUUGUAUACUGAUUGUCCAGUUCAUGUGAGCAGCUGGUUAACCGCUGGUGAUUAGAGGGUGCUGUCUCACCUCAGUGCUGCCUGUGGAUUUGUGCCUGUGCCUCUUUUAAGGGGCGAUCAUCCCAAUCAUAAUCAGGGAAUCUGCCCGACCUCUCUGACCCGCACGCCUUCCCCACAAACCCCACUAUCUUUAAAAAUAUGAUUGCUGAUGUAUUUUUCUUGUAGCAUUGAGUACUCAUCCUUCUGUUGUGCAUACUUUCCCCUCUGUAUUUUUGAAUGUUUUGUAUAAUAUAUAGUGAAUUAAUGAGUAGAUAAACAGUAUAUUAGUGUUUAAGGUACAAAUUAAAUAUCUUGAAGCAGUU